AUGCAACCUGUUGAGAAGCAGAAUCCUGAAGACCCUCAGAUUUCCAAGGAGCCCAGCACAGAGGUGACAGGAAGCCCCUGGGCCUCCUACUGCAGCCUGCAGGGGAGGCAGGAGGGCUGGAGAAAGUUCCUCUGCCUGGGUGGAGGCCUGAGCCCCGAUUGCCACACCCCAGCCUCCCGCUGCUGGGGAGUCCAGGCCCAGGGCCGGAAGGACAGGCACAGGAGGUUCCAGAGCUGGAGCGCCCCCUUGAGGCUCCUUCACACCUUCUACCACCACUUCCUCCAUGGGCCGCCUUCUUCAGAGCAAAAGCUGAGCCUGCAGCCAGAACCUACGGUCACAUUCCUGCUUACACUCCUGAGCACGUCUGAGCCCACCGAGCCGAAAGACCUUGACUCGGACUUGGAGAUCCAGGAAUACCGGUUCCUAGAUCAGGAAGACUGGGGCCCCCAGCGGACCUCAAAGGAGAUCAGGCAUUUGCAGAAUGACUGUAUGAGGCUUCGGGAGUCACUGAGCAGUACCCAAAUGGACAACCUGGUCCUCGGGGAGAAGCUGCAAAACCUGCCCACCUUGCUGUAUCAAAGCCUGAAGGAGGGAGCCCAGGCCAUCCAGGAGGAAGUGAAAGUCAUCCAGGAGGAAGUGAAAGCCAUCCAGGAGGAAGCCCAGGCCCUGUUCCAGCAUCCCAGCUCCCAGAACGUAGCCCUGCUCCUCAUGCCACCUGACCAGCCCCACGACCAGAGGGACAAGAGUCAGCCCUGGCUGGGCCCAAGGCCAGAGUCCAGACACCUCCUCGGGAGGCUGUACCAUCAGCUAGUGCCUCUCUAGGUCCCAGCAAUAAACUUCGCCCCUGAG